UACAUUUUAUUAACUUGCAUUUGGGUACCGCCUAGGCUCAGCCCGUCCAAGCACACACCCGGGUCCAACCCCGCCUAGGCUCAGCCCGUCCAAGCACACACCCGGGUCCAACCCCGCCUAGGCUCAGCCCGUCGGGUCCAGCCCUUAUCCAAAUAGGAAGGGACGUCUCUGUGUCUCCAUGAGACCGCGAGUCCUUCUGCCGUAGUCGAUCGCUACUCCUCUCCCCUGUUUCUCUCUGUGCUUUGAGGAAGACGUUGAGGAUGAAGACGCCAUGCCACCGGCCAGGGGAGGCACUGGCCCUCACCCCGCCGCGCCACCGGCGGCAGGAGGCACCUGCCUGUGCCCCGCCGCAACACCGCCUGCGGGAGGUACAUGUCCGUGCCCCGCCGUGCCCCCAUCGGUCGAUGUCAUGCCACUAGCCGAGGGAGGCGCCAGCCCUCGCCCUAUCGCGCCACCGGCCAUGGGAGGUAUGUGUCGGUGGCCCGCUGGCGACACUGCCUACGACACUAGGCGUCCUUUGCCCCCCUCAUGCCUACAAGCUGCCAACAAAUCUCGAGUAGCAGCGGCCAUGGCACCGCCCACUGCACCCCCAUCGCCUCCAUCGUGCCUCCUUUCCCCUCUCUCCGCACCUGCACCGAACCACACACCACCGGCCGUCGCAACGCAAGGUACACCGUACAGAGGAGGCGGUCGUCUAUGCUACCAUGACCCUGACGUGCCACCGGCCGAGGGAGUUGCCCGCUCGCGCCCCGUACGAUGUCAAGUUGUCCAUCGAAAGGCAACCAUUUUGGGUGGCAAGGCCAACUAUGGAAAGCAAGCUGACAUGACACAGUGAUAUUGAAUAAUCCAAACAGUGCGUUCAAAGCAUCAUGCAAAAAUUGAAGCGUUAGAGAAUUGAUAAGAUUAGUUUGAAUGGAUUGUUAGGCUUUGGAUGGAACUCAAAUGCUACUAUUUGGCGGCAACAAACAAAUUCUUGACUUAUGAUCAUGAUUAGCCUUAAACUUGUGCGUUUCAGGCUCCAAAUUUAUGCUAUCAUUGACAAACUUUAAAUUGUUUUA